AUGGCCAUCAGGGCCAUAAGCGGGUACCGUACGGUAUCCCACGCGGCGGCCACGCUGCUGGCCGGGAUGCCCCCACUCGAGCUGGUGGCGGCCGCGUAUGCGGAAGCAUACCGGCGCACCAGAGAGCUGAGGGACCAGGGUAUUCCGGUCACAGCGGGAACGCGGAGGCUCCUCGGGCUUCAGGCGAAGAGGGCGACGAGGGAGGAAUGGCGCGUGUGGCUCACAGAGCCUAGUAUUUCCGGCAAGCGCACGGAUAGGGUGCGAGCCGGACGCGCGGUGCCACCACUGUGGAGGCAAUGGGGCUCGGCGCAACACACCCUAGAGGUGUGCCCGGAAUGGGCGGAUCAGCGCCGAGUCCUCACCGAUAAAAUCGGGCGGGAUCUUACGCCCCGAGCCGUCGUGGAGGCGGUGAUAGACGAGGAGGAAAAUUGGGAUGCGUUCUCCUCCUUCUGUGAGCACGUUCUACAGAAGGAGGAGGCGGAGCGGAUUAGGAGGGGUGAGGCAAACCCUCCAGGGCUGGAGACCCUUGGCUCACCCGCCCCUAAUAGACAUCCAGGGGGCGCGGCGGGAGGCCUGGUGGCACCCCCGCCGCAUAUCCAGAGGAAAGAGGAGAAAGGCCCUUAUCAGGGCCAAGCGGGAGUUUAA